AUGGAGUCCAAGAACGAGGAUCAACAGCCUUUUCUAGGCUUUCGAGACGACCCCAAUAAGCGAGACUCGACGGAAGACGGAGCGAUAGAGAGCGACAGCUCUCUUCGACAGCAACAGGCGCUGAGAGCUUCACGCCACGGCAGGCUUAUACGAGACGUUCUUGUUUGCCUCGCAACAUCUCUACUAUGGGUCGCUGCAUUUUACAUUCUAGUGCCGAAUUCUCUCAAUCGACACGAGGGUACCAACGUUGACGGUGGUAGUCGAACUCCUACGUCGAGUGACUACAUCGCAACGUUCCACAAUGUCACCUCGAAUGCCAAAUUCAUCUCUUGCGGGAACUCUACGGUCGAGGCGAAGCAAAUGGAUUGCAAAUACGAUACCUUGCUAAACUUCUGGGUCCCGUCACAAUGUUACGACCGAGAGUUUGAGAUGGAAUACAAAGAUGACGGUAGCUGGAGUGCCUUCGCGGACCAAAACUUGACGCAGCCCAUAGCUCUAGAAGCAAUGGGUGAUCAAGAAGUUUACUACACUUCAAUUCGCGACCACCUGAAUCACUGUUCUAUGCUUUGGAAGAAGCAAUUCUGGACCCUUUUCGAGGAACGAACUGUAUUUGAUGGCAUCAUUGUGAACGGAUUCCAUACCGAGCAUUGCGCCGACUUUCUCAAGGAUAUCUACGGAUCAAACCGAACUGAUGCCACGCUCGUGAGGGUUGGAUUUUCGGGGUGCUGGGUUCGAAGUAGUAGUGACGAUCUGUAG